AUGGAGUUGUACAAGGAGGAGGCGACGAGCAUCACCAUCACCGGCCACAGCCUCGGCGCGUCGCUCGCCACCCUGAAUGCCAUCGACAUCGCCGCCAACGGCGUGAACGCCCCCUCCAGCUCCUCCCAGCCGCCGUGCCCGGUGACGGCAAUCGUGUUCGCGAGCCCGCACGUUGGGAACCUCACCUUCAGGGAGGCCUUCCGGUCGUUCCCUGACCUCAGGGCGCUCCACGUGAAGAACGCCGGCGACAUCGUGCACACGUACCCGCUCAUCAGCUACUUCGACGUGGCGGUGCCGCUGCCCAUCGCCACGGCCCGGUCGCCGUACCUGCGCCACCCGGGGACGCUGCAGACGCUCCACAACCUCGAGUGCUACCUGCACGGCGUCGCCGGCGAGCAGGGCAGCGCCGGAGGGUUCAGGCUGGAGGUGGACCGCGACGUGGCGCUGGUGAACAAGCGCGUCGACGCGCUCAGGGACGAGUACCGGUGCCGGCGGAGUGGUGGUCUGCUCAGCACAAGGGCAUGGUCCGCGGCGCCGACGGCCACUGGACGCUCCAGGACUUCAAGCAAAUCUAGCUAG